CAGACUUCGUCGAUAAAAUCCGUAAAACUAGUUUUAAUUCAAUGUCUAACAUUCGCGUAAACUUAAGACAUCUAAGUAAGUGAUCGAGGUCUAUGGUGUGCUAUUUAAAUUUCAUAAUUCAGUUACCACAACAUUAUUUUCAAAAAAUGAUUUUCUUCUGUAUGUUAUUAUACUUUGCCUUCUCGCCAUUUCGACCUGAUCCGUCAUAUAAAAAAAAAGCUUUUGUCAAUAAAGUCAUACCGCAUCUUUGCUUCAGGAAAUGAUUUCCUCUUGAAGCUUAAAUUACUGCUUACAGAAGGGUUUUUCUAAAUGAGAAAAAGCUCAGCAAAUAAUCAACAUGUCUCGGCAAAAUAAAACAAAAAACUAGCACGUUUCAAGAGAAAUACUUAGAGUGAAGUGCACUCGAAGCGUGAAUGUUGUUUUGAAGAUAACGAGUUCCCGAUACUCCUUGAUAUAUUAUUAUGAACUGCAUCACUCCGCAAUGUUUAUUGGCUUUUACGAGCCUGAGGUAUGUGGAAUACCGAAAAUUGUUUAGACAGAAGAUUUAUGAUCAAGAUAUAGCCCAAAGUAUGCGAUAUGUCUGUGAAGACAUAGGUACGAACAUAUUUUAUAGCCGAUUCAUUUCAGUAUUUCAAUGUAAAUAAUAUUCGGUAUUGACUAAAAAUACUCACACAUAUAAACAAAGCACGUUCGAUUCGUAAGUUCGACUGGCAGGGAGUAAGUGGUCGCUAAAACUGGCAGAAAUCUCGUCCUAACUAGAACGUAAUUGUUGUAAUUAAAAACUGCCGUUUGUAAGGGCGCUUCGUGUUGGUGUUUAUAAAGAGUCGGGGCAGAGGCUUCGCGGGCUCUUGUCGACCGCUACAGCGCGAGUGGCCGCACGCGCUUGCCGCCGCCCGCCGCGAUUUUCCGCCUCGCGUAACUCGACGCAAAACUGUUGCGCUUCUUUAGUUUAAUUUAUAUUUUAAGAACUAAUAAAAAUAUAAAUAAGGACAUCAUAAAUAUUUAUAAUUAAUUUUAAGUUAUAAUAGAACCGUAAAUUGUUGAGUGAUUUCAAGUGUUUUGUGACUGUGAUUUUUUUAAUCUUGUUUUCGCAAAGGACGUUUUUCUUCAAAGCAAACAUUUUGAGAUAUCGUGCAAAGAAAAUUAUGUGGUUGCGGCUACAAGCUAAUAACUAUUACGUCACUAUUAAACUACGUGAAGUAGUUUCGUACAAGUGUAGCUUCCGGUAGUCCACCGACCAGCACUAUGGAAGAAAACAGGUUCACCGUCUCUACAGUAGACUCGGAAUCUAAGAAGAAUGGCAUCCACAUGGGAGCCAACAUUAUUACGAGACCGCUGCGGUCGUCAGCCGAGACUGUGGAGAAGGGUGUGGCGGUGGUGGCCCCUAACACUCAGUCUGACACCUGGCUGCACGACGCAGGCUGGAGGAGGAAGAGGUCACUAGCCCAGCUGACCAGGGAGGCUCUACCUAGACUGGACAACUAUAGAAACUCGAAAAGAGCCUUGAAAAGGCCCAGCCUUGGUGAGCUGCAUGGGGAUCAUCUGAUUACUGAAGAGGACGAGAAGGAACAACAUACGAGAGAUACGAAAUCUCCCACUCCUGCUGUUGGUAUCAAGUUGGGAUGGAUACAAGGUGUGCUAAUACCAUGUCUGCUGAACAUCUGGGGUGUGAUGCUGUUCCUGCGCAUCUCAUGGGUGGUGUCGCAGGCCGGCAUCGGGCUCUCGCUCGUCAUCAUCGCGAUAUCCGCCUUCGUGUGCGUCAUCACAACACUCUCCAUGAGCGCCAUAUGCACCAACGGAGAGGUCAAAGGAGGUGGUAUCUAUUACAUAAUAUCCCGGUCGUUGGGUCCCGAGUUCGGUGCCUCCGUCGGAAUCAUCUUCGCCUUCGCCAACGCGGUCGCAGCCAGCAUGAAUACCAUCGGCUUCUGCGACUCCUUGAACGACCUUCUCAAGUCCUAUGACGUGAAGAUCAUAGACGGAGGCCUUAAUGACGUCAGAAUAGUGGGAGCCGUGGCUCUACUCGUCAUGUGUAUUAUCUGUGCUGUUGGGAUGGACUGGGAGAGUAAAGCUCAGAACUUCUUGAUCGCGAUUAUAGUUGGGGCUAUGGUGGACUUCGUGGUCGGAACCAUUAUGGGUCCCAGCAGCAAUCAAGAAAUAGCCAAUGGAUUCGUUGGAUUGAGCACUUCAACGUUAAAGGCAAACUUCAAGGACGACUUCAGGUUCAGUGAGGGUAUAAACCAGGACUUCUUCAGCGUGUUCGCGAUAUUCUUCCCCUCCGUGACCGGCAUCCAGGCUGGUGCUAACAUCUCUGGAGAUUUAAAGGAUCCUGCGUCAGCCAUCCCGAAAGGAACCCUCCUUGCUUUACUGAUCUCCAUGGUGAGCUAUGCCGUCAUGGUGAUGUUUUCCGGAGCCAGCGCGUUGCGGGACGCCAGUGGAAACCUCGCCGACCUGGUCAUAGUCAAUGGAACUGUUGUGGACUACAGCGGACUUGCAAACUGUGUGGCCAAUAAUACUUGCAAGUAUGGCCUGCAUAACAGUUACUCGGUGAUGCAACUGAUGUCAGCUUGGGGUCCGUUCAUCUACGGCGGUUGCUGGGCGGCCACGCUGUCCACCGCCCUCACUAACCUGCUGUCAGUGCCCCGCUUGAUCCAAGCUCUCGGUGUCGACCGCAUAUACCCCGGCCUCAUCUUCUUCUCCAAGCCCUACGGCAAGCACGGAGAACCUUACAGGGGAUACGUGCUUACAUUCUUUGUGUCAUUGCUGUUCUUGUUAAUCGCUGACUUGAACACGAUAGCGCCGCUGAUCUCCAACUUCUACCUGGCCUCCUACGCUCUGAUCAACUUCUGCACGUUCCACGCCGCGGUCGUGCGCCCCCUCGGCUGGCGUCCCACUUUCCGUUAUUACAACGUGUGGUUGUCACUGAUCGGGUUCCUGAGCUGCAUGGCCAUCAUGCUGCUCAUCAGCUGGAUCAUGUCGCUCGUCACCUUCGCCAUAUUCUUCACCCUCUACCUUAUCGUGCACUACCGAGACCCUGAUGUAAACUGGGGUAGCAGCACACAAGCCCAAAUAUACAAGACGGCGCUCUCGAGCGCAUACAACUUAGCGAAGACGGGGGAGCAUGUGAAGAACUAUUGGCCACAAAUGUUGGUGUUGGCGGGUCGGCCGCAGACCAGACCUGCAUUGGUCGACCUCGGUAACCUCAUCACGAAGGCUGGGUCCCUCAUGAUCGUAGGAGAUAUAUCACAGGAAAAGCUAUCCUACAAGGAGCGCAAAGUCCUGAGUCGUGCGGACGCUGAGUGGUUGCGCGCUCGUAAGGUGCGGGCGUUCUGCACGCGCGUGCACGGGUUCGGGUUCGAGGGCGGCGCGCGCGCGCUGCUGCAGGCCGCCGGCGUCGGCCGCCUCGCGCCCAACGUGCUGCUCAUGGGGUACAAGGCUGACUGGGCUACAGUACCACAUCAAGACCUACUUGCGUACUUUAAUGUGUUGCAUUCCGCAUUCGAGGGUCGUCUGGCAGUGGCGAUAGUCCGCGUGUCUGGCGGGCUGGACUUCGGUGCGCUGAGCGGCGCGCUGGGCGCGGCGGGCGCGGGCGGCGGCUCCCUCACGGCGUGCUCCAGCGGCAGCGCCGACGAGCUGCGCGUGCGCCGCGCGCCGCACAUCAUGCACGCCGACUCCGACCUCGAUAUACGAGGAGACCCGCCCAAACAUAAUCUUUCCAAUAUACUGACAUUGACUACGUCGAGGUCGUUCACGAUAUCCGAGUGCGGCACAAGGGAGCGGAAGAAGAGAGAUAAGAGACAGAACGACAUGCACCGACAGAUCGUGUACAAUACGUCCACUGGACUCGAGCUGUCUAAAGAUCAGCUGUCGCAGAUGACCAUAUUCCACAGGAAGCAGGAGGCGGGCACAUUGGACGUGUGGUGGCUGUACGAUGACGGCGGCCUGACCAUCCUGCUGCCCUACAUCAUCUCGCAGCGGUCCAACUGGGCCAACUGCAAGCUUCGAAUCUUCGCGCUCGCCAACCGAUUGCAUGAACUAGAACUUGAGGAGAGAAAUAUGGCGAACCUGUUAGCCAAGUUCCGUAUCGACUACUCGUCACUAACAAUGGUGCAGGACAUCACGGAGCCGCCGCAGCCAGAGACCAUGAAGAUGUUCGAAGACAUCACCAAGAAGUUCACCGAAGAAUCUGCUGACCCAGAGUGUCGCAUCAGUGAAACGGAAUUGCUGACGUUAGCGGAGAAGACCAAGCGCCAGCUGCGACUGCGGGAGCUGCUGCUCGCCAACUCCAAGGAGGCACGGCUUGUUGUCAUGUCGCUACCCAUGCCUAGGAAGGGUUCCGUAUCUGCCCCGCUGUACAUGGCGUGGCUAGAGAUGAUGAGUCGCGACCUGCCGCCGAUGCUCUUCGUCCGCGGCAACCAAACCUCCGUGCUCACGUUCUACUCCUAAACUACUAAGUAUUGUAGAUAUUGUAACACUGUUGUCACGCAAUAAUGCUGGGCCCCAUUUCUGCUAUUUUACAAUGGCCGAUGAAUGAAUGGCAA